CCCGUAACUUCCGACAUGUUUGUUUGAAAAUUUUGAAAACGUUCUUGCCGAAUUUGCAGGCUAAUUAACUGUAAGAAUUGCAUGGUAACUAUAGUAAAGUAUUUAUCUUAAUUUGGUUGAAAUGGUGUUGCCAAUUAUUACUGCUGAUAAAUAAGAAGACGUGGGUAAACGCGUUUUUUAAGGUGCCGCGGUGGCGUGAAGCAUAGGUUUAGUGCUCUGUUUUGGUGUCCCCUUAAAAGCCAACAUGUCCACGCUUUUCCCCUCCUUGUUUCCCCGCAUCACCGAGUCUCUGUGGUUCAACUUGGACCGACCCUGCGUCGAUGAGGCGGAGCUGCAGCAGCAGGAACAGCAGCAUCAAACCUGGUUGCAGAGCAUUGCUGAGAAAGACAACAAUCAACUGCCAAUUGGGAAAACAAUUUUUGAGGGAGGAGGCUAUGAGGAGGAGGAAGAGGAAGAUGAUGAAGAUGAGGAAGACAGUGAGGAGGACUCAGAAGAUGAAGAAGACAUGCAGGACAUGGAUGAGAUGAACGAUUACAAUGAGUCACCUGACGAUGGCGAGAUCAAUGAGGUGGACAUGGAAGGACAAGACCAAGAUCAAGACCAAUGGAUGAUUUGACAAAGACUUUGGGGAUUCUACUUGCCCCCAAAACAGGACUGUGCCUGAGAUGCAUCUAUCUACUCUCAUUGCUGUUAACAGACACCCUGUUCCUCCAUAAUUAGGUACAUUUGCAUAAUCUAAUGAGAUCCAAUAUAAAUCCAGACUUUAGAAAGAUAAUGCUUGCUUUUGAAUGACACUGUCACAGAGGUAUUAAUUUAACAAAAUGCGGUUGCAGUGGUAUAUUUUCAAAUAUUUUGGUUACCACACUUUUUGAUCCCAAUUGAUUGCGCAAGUGUACCUAAUGUUGUGGCUGGUGAGCGUAUGUCACUAACAUAUGCACAUCGCUAAAUGAAUGAAUGUGCUAUGAUAGCACAGGGAAAGGUCCUAAAAUGAGACUUAUAUAUACAGUUUUUAAAAAAAAAAUAAUAUUUAAAACCUCACUUGCAGUGUUGUGUAAGACAAACUGUAGCUUUUGAAUUUCACACCAAUCUCACGAGUCAUCCAGUUUUGAAAUAUUGCCGGUCAUUGCUACUGUAAAAGUUGCUCCUGGUACAAAGGUUUCCACAGGAGAUAAUGAUCGAACACAUCUCACCAAUUAACUUUGGCCUUGUCAUAUUGUUACAGUUUCGAACUAAUGCAGUAUAAGUUAGCUCAGUCAGUCAGCUAUAACGCUUGUUACUCAUAGAGAUGCUCAUAAAUGAAAAAUACUGCAACAACUUUGACCAUUUUCAGUUUUGUCUCAUUGCAUAUAUUACAAAUUUACUUUGGAUAGCAUUAAAACAUUUAAAAAAUUUAAAGCAUGUAUCUUUUGGGAUGUUUUCCUGAACAGUGAAUGUAAAAUGCAAUCAACACAGUAUGAGUUAAAACUUUUUUUUUUUUUUUUUUAAAACAAGAAAAACUUUGCAUUACUUUUUUUUUUAUUCACAACAAAAAAGUGUUGCUAAAAAAACACAGUUGAAGGGAUGUUGUGCAAUGAGGCAACAGGUUAAUAAGCAACAAGUCACUAACAUGACUAAUUGUGACUAAUUGUAAAAAGAAUCUUAGAGAGACAGAAACUCAAACAUGGACAGAGGUUCAGCAGUCUGAAUCUGAAAAAUUGCAAAGUGUGCAUUAAAAGCAGGCAUGACUUUGCCACGAAAGUGACUGCACAGGCUAAGGAACACUUUCAGAAAUGUUGCUCUGCUGUCCACAAAUGCUGGUUAAAGCCUUAUAAUUGCAGAGUUUGUGGUGGAUGUCCUCUGGAAGAAUCAACACUGAGAUGCUUGAUUUAUUUUUAUUUACAUUUUGUUCACCAGCAUCACAAUCAAUUAACCUUUGUCAUUGAUGCAUCUUUUUUUGUGUGUGUUUUUAACAAAUCUAUCCAAGUCUUUGUUGGUCUACUUGGUCCCCUGGUACACCAACUCUGCCAUCCCAUCCCUGAUACCCUUGCUGUACUCCAGUGUAGCACGGUGGAUCUUCCACUCAUACAAGCCGCUCUUGCGAAUGUGUCUGAGAAAUUUGGGAGCGCCAGGAAACAGCACGUUGUCUGCCAAAAUUAUAGAUCCUUUCCCGAGCAGACCAGAACCCUCCAACAUCUAUAAGACCAGCAUAUCAACAAAUACACAUUUAGUGUCGUGUUAUGCAACAGCAGAAAUUACAUUAUAUUACCUUUUGACCACACGUUAUAUAUCACAGGGGUCCUCAAUAGAUUAUUAGAUUAAUUAGAUAUAUUUUUUUCCGAUCACUUGUAAUUUAGCUCAUUCAUCCAUCUGGUUUCCAUUCGUCAUUAGAGUUAUGGGAGAGCUCGAUCGAGCCUAUCACAGCUGACUUUUGGCGAGAGGCAGGGUACAUCUUGGACUGGUCAGCAGCCAAUUACUAUUUAGUUUAUUAUUUUAUUGGUAUACUUAUUUCAACCUGUGUAGCUUUCUGGCAGAUCUUCUGGUCAUAACGGUAAGAAAUGUAUGCACACAGACCAAUCACAUGUAUUGGAACUCCUCUCACAUGACAUGUGUCAGCCAUUCAAAUGAUUUACUCAGUGCAGCUUUGUGAGUGGAGAAAGUGUGUGCGAGGCAAGCGAGGGGCAGAGUCAAAGGAAGCAGGUUCAGGUUACACGGAUAAAGUUGCGCUUUAAAACCAGAAAAAUAAAGAAAAAAUGGGGUGUUCAUAUUUGGGCAGACUUUUUAUUUGAAAUGUGUCUGCAAAUUUACAGUGAUUGAUAAGGAAAUAACCUUUAUUUUAACAUUUACUUUAUUUAAAUUCUCAGUCAUUUAAGGAUGCUUUGUUCAAAAGCAUGUUGUAUUAUUAUAAGUCCUUCCAGUUUAGUGUAAAAAUCAACAGUACGUAGUGCACUUGUAUACAAUUGUCCUUUUUUUCCCCCACAAAAAGUUGGUGAUGAGAAGGCAUACAUUUUAAUGCAAGCUUUGCUAUUUUGUUCCAGGCCUCUGCUUGAACAAAUUACCCUGAACUUUACUUUUAAUUGAGGACCUCUUGUAUAGAAUAUUGCAUGAAAGUGGAGUGUCUUGCAUUGUAAUUCUGCAUAUUGAAACAGAACAUUGUGACCCAGGUCACUGUUUCCCAGCACAACAAUUGAAGUGCUCACAUGAUUUAAAACUUGGCCAGCGUGACUAAGGGAAAUUUACUUAGAUGGAAAACAAAAUGUCUUGUUGAUAUCCUGUACUUUUACUACUUAACUUUGGAGAAUGAUUGUUUACACACUGCCUACAUGUAUAAAGAUGUAAU